GUUUCCAAGAUGGCGGCCAAUCUGCGCGUGCUCAGUAACGAUAAAUGUUUAAAGUAUAACACGACCACAAGCAAGCAUGGCCGCUGCUGUGGUUCCGAGCGGUGGCAACCAAAUCCGUGUCCGUUUACACUUUGACUAUCCGCCGCCAGCAGUGGCGGAUUGCCGCAUGUGUUGGCUGCUGCUAGACUUGAACACCUGCCGCAUGGUGUCCGACCUGGAGAGCAUCGUCCGUGAUAAGUUUGAGUUGAGUCGCCGUAGCAUUAUCAGCCUCUUCAUCGACAAUUGCUAUCUACCACACACGGAAAGCAUUUAUGUUGUUCGUGAUAAUGACAGCAUCAGAGUGAAGGUGGACUGCUGGUCUAAAGUGAACGGUCAUACGAGUGAGCCAAGUGUGAACUUCAAAAAGAGACAGCGACCCACGGAGCCAAGUGACGGUGGAGGAAAUGACACCAGCGUGGAGCGGAUGCAAACAAAGAGGAAAAGGCAGGUGGAGGAGAGUGUGGACUCUAAGCAGACAUCAAGUGCUGAGAGAACCAAAAAGCCCAAAAAGAAAAAACAGAAGGCAGAAGGAAAUGGUCUGAUGGGCAAACCAGCAUCUUCUCCCCCCACAAAAAGUCACAAAGACUGUAAGAUGAAGGGUGAAGCACCACAUGCAAUAUUCCAUAAUCCCCCUGCUUCAGAUUGUAGUUGUGACGUGAGUAAGAACAAUCAAAGUCCCAAAACUAAAGCCAAAAAACCAACCAAAACAAGCACCGCAGUCCCCAAAGUAGCUUCACGCACCCCACCUGCCAAGAAUUCUUUUCCAUCCCCACCCUCAUCAGACACACACGUCUCGAAUGAAGACGCCGCCGCUGUCGGUCUCCAGUCGAGAACUAACAAUUUAACCACUGUUCGACCUACAUUAGCACCCGAUCAUCAGUCAAAAUCCAAGUUGUCAAACUGUGCUGAGGAGCAUCGGAGCGUUCCAACACCCCCGACUGGCAACACCACACAGCAGCAGAAUUCUUGUGACAAAAAGCACGGGGAGAAGAUGGAGGCGCUUCCCCUGCAGCCCACACAGCAACAAAGCUACUGUAACGGAGCUGAAAGUACGCCACCAGAUUACAGCGCCAUGCCCCUUCUAGCUGCCCCCCCACAAGUGGGACAGAAGAUCGCCUUUAAACUGCUGGAGCUUACUGAAAAUUACACACCUGAGGUGUCGGAUUAUAAGGAGGGUAAGAUUGUCAGCUACGACCCCACGAGCAAAGAGAUUGAGCUGGAACUUCUCUCUGCCGCACAAGCCCCGUCAGAGCCUGGCAAAUUUGACUUGGUCUAUCAGAACCCGGAUGGUUCAGAACUUGUGGAGUAUGCUGUGUCCAGAGAGUCCUGGGUAAUAAAGGCUGUGCAGAAGUGUCAAAGAGCGAUGGGACUCCCUGCUGGAACCAAGGCUUUUUAUUUAACUUUUCUCUUCAUUGUUGGAGCAUUUUCAUGAGGUUUUACUGGAAUGGCAGGUGGUCCUCAGGUUACGAACGUUCCUGGACUGGGAACUUCCGUGAUCGCUAAGUCACUCGCGCUCUACACACGACCUAUCCGAGACAGCCGAAAGAAGAUGAAAUACAGGAAUGACAUGAAGGAGUCAUAAAAAGUCCUUACUUUUAUCAGUGUUGGUCUUACCUUCUUGUCCCAGGCUAGUCCUCUUCACAUCUCCUUGUAGCAGCGCACCAAAUCCAUGACCCCUGUAGCAUCCCAUCAUCUUCAUGCUUAAAGAUGGUCAGCGCAGUCCAUCCGUGUCUCCUGAUGUUCGUUUUCACUUCCAUGGUGACGGCUUUCUGUUUCUUUGGUGCAGUGCCGCUUGGGAGACAUCAUGAAGUGUAAAAAGCAAACAACUAAGCAAUGUUAUUCUUCCUCGGUGUGGCUGAGCGUGUGGAACGUAUACCUCAGCAAGUCAUGUGUUUAUGGACCGAUUAAUUUAUUGGAGUGCGUUCAUGACCUUGAAACCUAACACCACAAACCAGCGACCACCUGUACCAUGUGCUUAAAUAUGUAGUAUUUAAAUGGGAACACGACCCGUCCCGGUUGUGUCCCGCCUCUCACCCUAAGACAGCUGGGAUAGGCUCCAGCAUACCCGUGACCCUCGUGAGGACAAGCGCUAUAGAAGAUGAUUGGAUGGAUGGAUCGAUGUCAACAUUCCGUCUGACAGUUUGGUUUUAAAUGACAUGCUGGCCCCAGCUAUUCACUUUGGACCACAUUUUCUUUUAAAUCUUCUUUGACUGCUUUCCACAACGGGCACAUAAUAUUUGUAUGUUUUGUAUACAGGAUGCAAAAUAUUUUUGUAAUAAAACCUUGCAGUCUGUUUUGUUACUAUCAUGUAAAUGUUUGUAAAUAAAUGAUGCUUAUUGUUUGAGUCACACAACAAGCAUGAGUUGCCAUGACGAUAUCUGAUGCAAGUUUAGUUACG